GCAGAAAGACAGCAUUAAUCUAAGUUUACCUCUGAGUGUUAGGAGGGCCAUCAGUGAUCACUCACAUGUAUCUAAUCCAGUUUUGAUGAACUGGGUUAAUAGACUCCAUGUGGUCAUUAUCAAAGAGACUCAUUUCUAUUCAUUUCUCAGCACACACGACCCUCACACACCCGCCCCUCAUUAUGUGUGGCCUUUCCUCAAUAAAUACAGCUCCUCUGUUCUCUGGAGGGUCAGUUCAUCCUCAAGCAUUCAGCAUGCCCCAUCCUGAUGGCUCUUACGCACAGUUCAUCUGGAGAGAGGCAGACAGAGCCCGCUCAGACCAGUGUCCCAGAGCCACAUUGAGCUGGAGAGAGGAGAGGGUGAGCAGUGACCCGUGCGCUCUGGUCCAGCUCCGGCUGUCCGGACUUGCAUAUCCAAAUGAAGACCAGAGUCACAUCGCCCGAGCCCGGAGACGCCGCAGACUGGCUGCCAACGCCCGCGAGAGGAGGAGGAUGCUGGGCUUGAAUGUGGCCUUCGACCGCCUGAGGAGCGUCAUUCCUAAUGUGGAGAGCGACAGGAAGCUGUCCAAGUCUGAGACGCUUCAGAUGGCGCAGAUCUACAUCAGCACUCUGAGUGAGCUGCUGGAGAAAAGAGACUGCCACCCAGAUUCCAGUUACCCGAUGUUAGCGACGGGCGUGGAGGAUCAGGUCAUCGUGAAGGGUUCAAAGUCAACAGAAGAGACCAAACCAGAGCAGAAAAACAUUCCAACCUGUAGGAUAAGAUCAUAUGUUGGGAAUUUCGGGCGUCCCAGUUGUUGUGAUCCCAAAACUCCUGAACUCUUAGUGGACUCUCACUAUAUGGAGAGGAGCAAUGGAGCAAAAUGACACUGAUAUUGCAUUUUCAGCCUUUGUAUUCAACAUUUUUUUUUUCAUACAAUUUUUUUAAUUAAUGUUUUGACAUUUGACAGUGAAAUAUAAAAUAUUCUGGAAUUACACAUUUCGCUUUAUUAUCCUAUAUAAAUAAAUAUUUUCAGAGGAAAAAUCUUUGUCUUUGUCUGGAGUUCACAAUAAACUUUAUUUUGAUAGUCCACUUCAGACAUUCUACUUACUAUAAGUAACUUACAAUGUUGACUAACUUUCAUUAGAGUAUUAGUAGACUUUAGAGGGUUAGUAGACAUGUUGAUGUACUUUUAAUGUUGUAGUCAGAAGAACAUCUUUUGGGGAACCAUCAAAAUAAAAUGUUUGUAGGUAUCAGUCUACUGAUACACUAAUGACUUGUGGUCCCAGUUAGUCACAGUUAAAAGUUUAGUAGACUACAAAAUAAUUUGUUAAAAAGUUGAUUUCGUAGAAAUUUGUGUUGGGGAAAGUAAACUUUAAAAGUAAUGCAUUACAAUAUUGCAUUAUUCCCUAAAAAAGUAACUAAUUACUUUACUUAGUUACUUUUUAUGCAAAUUAAUACUUCUGCUUGCUUGUGCAGGGCUGU